AUGAAACAAGUCUCAACAUAUAAAGCGCCCGAAACCGGUAUCAUCGCCUUACUUCCUCGAUCAUGGAUCCCAUACGCUGAGUUAAUGCGACUGGAUCGACCACAGGGGUUUUAUGCCAUCUAUUGGCACUACUUGAUUGGCUUGGGCUUCGCAUCUUGUACUGCUCCCACGCUGCCACACGUGCUCGUUGUGGUGUCUCUAGCCGUUUUUCUCGCCAUCUGGACAGUCGUGCUUCGCGGCGUUGCGUGCACGUGGAACGACAUCUUCGACCAAGACUUUGAUCGACAGGUCGAACGCACAAGAUUCCGUCCUCUUGCUCGUCGUGCGGUUUCCACAACACAAGCUGUUCUCUUCAGCCUAUUCUUGAUGGUCAUUCUCGGCGUGCUCUGCGUUCCAUUACCUAGCGCAUCUCGCAAUUAUGCGGGAUUAAAGACCCUGGUUCUCUGCUUAUACCCCUUGGCAAAACGCAUCACACAUCUUCCACAGGUUGUUCUUGGCUUUGGACUUGCUUUAUCAGUCUUGAUGUGCGUUACGAUACUCAGUGAAGAUCCACCAUUGCGAGCGCGCCAUGGCGGAGACGAAAGUUCCUCGUCCCCAUCAUUCCUGUCUGUGGUGUCUUUCUAUUUUGCUUGCGCAAUCUGGACCAUUAUCAGCGACACUAUAUACGCCCACCAAGAUCUGACGGAUGACAUAAAAGCCGGUGUAAAAUCACUGGCGGUCCUCCUGGGUGGUCGGACCAUACUCUAUCUCUCAGUCUUGUCAACUAUCCAGGUGGCGCUUCUCGUCCUCGCGGGGACCGAGUGCGGUUACUCUUUCUUCUAUUACCUCAUCUGCUGUCUGGGUACUGCAUGUUCGCUUGGUACAAUGCUUAUAAAAGUUGACCUAAGGCAGCCAGACAGCUGUGCAUGGUGGUUUGGGCCAGGGGCACGAUUGGUUGCAGGCUGCCUUGUGUGUGGUCUUUUCGGGGAGUAUGGAUAUCGUCGAAUGGAACAACCUGUGUUUUAG